AUGAAUUGUACCAGAAUGAUACAGAUCUUGGACCCAAGACCUUUGCCUAGCUCCAUGAUGCCCGUUGAUGUGGCCAUGAGAAUUUGCUUAGCCCAUUCGCCACCUCUGAAGAGAAUUCUCAGCCCUCUUGAUGACUAUCAAAGAAGAAACUUUGUUAACAGAUUCAAGCCUCUCAGACCAUGUCUCAAUGUGAAACGUGAAUCUGAGUGUCGAAACAAUGACUGGAACCGCUCCCCAAGCCGAGCCAAGAAGCGAGUCGUGUUUGCAGAUUCAAAGGGGCUAUCUCUGACUGCAAUCCAUGUCUUCUCUGAAAUCCAGGAGCAUCCGGUGUGGGAUCUUCAGUAUGACUUGUUAGACCUUGAAGACAUAACUGCUGGUUUAAAACUACAUGAAGAGAAAAAUUUGAUUCUGGGUUUCCCUCAGCCUUCAGCUGAUUACUUAGAUUUUCGGAAUCGCUUGCAGAAGAACUUUGUCUGUCUCGAGAAUUGCACCCUCCAAGAAAGGGCUGUGGCAGGGACUGUGAAAGUGAAAAACAUGAGCUAUGAGAAGAAGGUUCAGGUUCGAAUUACCUUUGAUACGUGGAAAACCUACACUGAUGUUGACUGUGUCUAUAUGAACAAUGUAUAUGGCGACUCUGACAGUGACACCUUCUCAUUUGCUAUUGAGCUGCCUCCAGCCAUUCCCACUCAAGAGAAGAUUGAGUUCUGCAUUUCUUACCAAAGUGGUGAGCACAUCUUCUGGGACAAUAAUGAGGGUCAGAACUACAAGAUUGUCCAUGCAGAAUGGAAACCUGAUGGCGUCCAAGCACCAGCAUCUACUAAGAGAGACUGCACAGUUCAUAAGAUUCCAAGGAAGACACAUGAAACAGAGUGUGAGCAGCUUGGCAGUCCGAGGCUGUCAAAUGGCUUCUUUCCUGAGUGGCAAAGCUGGGAUAGGAUUGAAAACUCAUCCCCAUAUUGGUGA